AUGGAGAACCAAACUGCAGUGACAGAGUUUAUCCUUCUGGGCUUCACAGAUGUUCGCUGGCUGCAGAUCCUGCUCUUCGUUUUGUUACUUUUCACCUACAUCUUGACCAUAGCAGGAAAUAUUCUCAUUAUCUCCAUCACUCUGGUGGACCAGCGCCUCCACACGCCCAUGUAUUUUUUCCUCAGGAACUUCUCGCUUUUGGAGAUUGGCUUCACCUCAGCGUCCAUCCCGAAAGUUUUGUUCAAUUUGGCCUCGGGCUGCCAGUCCAUAUCUGUGGCCGGGUGUUUUUCACAAUGUUUAUUUUAUCUCACUGCGGGCACUGCUGAGUUUUGCCUGCUGGCGGCCAUAUCCUUCGAUAGAUACGUGGCUAUCUGCAAACCCCUGUCCUAUACGUCCAUCAUGAACAGUCACUUCUGUAACUGGCUGGUGCUGGGCUCUUGGCUUAUUGGUUUCGGGUAUGUGCUCGUCCCACUUGUUCUAUUGUUCCGGUUGCCAUUCUGUGGCCCCAACAUCAUUAACCAUUUCUUCUGUGACAACUUUGAAUUGCUUAAACUUGCCUGCACAGACACCCGACUCCUAGGACUCCUGGUUUUCCUCUUCGCCACAGGCAGCAUAUCGGGCACUUUAGCUGUCACUGUCUUCUCCUAUUUUAAGAUUAUCUCCGCAGUGAUGCGCAUCCCCUCCCUGGCUGGGAGGCAGAAAGCCUUUGCCACUUGUGCCUCUCACAUCACCGUGGUCUCCAUGGCUUACGGCAGCUGCAUCUUCCUGUACUUGAAGCCAGUGGGGAGCAGCAGGCUGGACUUCAGCAAGAAUGUGGCUGUUCUCAACAGCAUUUUGUCCCCUCUGCUCAACCCCUUCAUCUACAGCCUGAGGAACAAACAGGUGAAAGAGGCCUUGAGGGAGGCUGUCAGGUGGAUCACGGUAUUUUCUAAGAACUCCAAAGUUUGA